UUCCCGGUGUAAGGCUUGACCGGCCGCGCUGACUCAGUUCCUGGGAGUGCUCAAUGUGGGAGGCGAUGAGUUGAAUUUGGAGCUCUACUUUUCCUGUGAUAUUUAGUGUUAAGUGCAUCGAGCGUCUAUCAAAAGGCAUUACUCACAAAACUGAAAUUGUAUUGUGAUGUGUGAUCGUGUGAAUAAUGUUAAAAGCAGUCAGCUGAUCAUUGAUACAUUGUUGUAUCUGAUCGAGAGUGCCAUGGUUACAAGAUCAGCAUAACCCUGAUGUGACCGCUGUGACUAGACUUGUGAGGUGCUGCCGUAGGCUUCUGGUGUGGCUGAGCAGCAGUGUAUAUAGUGUGUAGAGGGUAGCGCUAGUGCGGUCGGUGGUUUGUUGGGUUACCCUGCCACUUGCCACGUGUCAACUGGCCCUCUGUGAGAGUCCUGCCAGGUGCGCUGAUGCUGGCUGCCGCCCGGGGUCCUCCAGGCCCCACUCCCACACCGCCCACUAUGCCAGAACCACGCCCACACUCGCACAAGAUCCACCUUCAGCAAGGUCCAGCGCGCUUCCACAAGCCCUGGUACAACCCUCCAUGGGUGAGUGACAGCAAGGCGUCGAGCAAGGCCGUCGAGAAGGCUCACCGAGCUAGGGGUGAGGAUGGCGUGGGUGGCAUUUCUAGCUCCGGGGGUGGCGGAGGAAGUGGAUCGUCGUCAUCGUCGGUACGUGGCUCCUCGUCCCGCUCCAGGACGGAGGAAAUCGGCAAGUAUCGUCUACUCAAAACCAUCGGCAAGGGCAACUUCGCCAAGGUCAAACUAGCCAAACACGUCCCUACCGGCAAGGAAGUGGCCAUAAAAAUCAUAGACAAGACUCAAUUAAAUCCUGGGUCAUUACAAAAACUGUUCCGAGAGGUGCGAAUCAUGAAAAUUUUAGAUCAUCCAAAUAUCGUCAAACUCUUCCAAGUAAUAGAAACCGAAAAGACAUUGUACCUGGUAAUGGAGUAUGCUAGUGGUGGAGAGGUGUUUGAUUACUUGGUCUUCCAUGGCAGAAUGAAGGAGAAGGAAGCACGAGCCAAGUUCAGACAGAUUGUGUCUGCUGUACAAUACUGCCACCAAAAGAAGAUUAUACACAGAGAUUUAAAAGCAGAAAAUUUACUCUUAGACUCUGAAAUGGUGAUCAAAAUAGCAGAUUUUGGUUUUAGUAAUGAGUUUACUCCAGGGAAUAAAUUGGACACAUUCUGUGGUAGUCCACCAUAUGCAGCUCCUGAGCUGUUUCAAGGCAAAAAGUACGAUGGUCCAGAAGUAGAUGUUUGGUCUUUGGGUGUAAUUCUCUACACUUUAGUUUCUGGUUCAUUACCCUUUGACGGAUCUAACUUAAAAGAACUUCGAGAACGGGUAUUAAGGGGUAAAUAUCGUAUACCCUUCUACAUGUCCACUGACUGUGAAAAUCUGCUCAAGAAGUUCCUGGUGCUUAACCCAGCACGAAGAGCAUCAUUAGAGACAAUAAUGAAAGAUAGAUGGAUGAAUAUUGGUUAUGAAGAUGAUGAACUUAAGCCAUAUAUAGAACCUGUAAUGGACUAUGAUGACCUAAAAAGAAUCGAGAUCCUAAAUGAAAUGGGUUACUCACGAGCGGAAAUUGAAGAGAGUUUAAAAAGUCAGAAAUAUGAUGAUGUAUAUGCUACCUAUCUACUAUUGGGCCGAAGAUCUUCAGAUCUUGAGAGUGAUGGCUCCCGGUCAGGAAGUUCACUAUCUUUGCGCAAUACUAGUUUAACUCCAAGAGGCCAGGAAUCUAGUGGAGCUGCCCAGUCCCCUUCCCACUCCCACCGGGGUGUACACCGCUCGGUUUCUGCCACCAACUCCAAGCCCUCUCGCAGAGCAUCCUCCGGUGGGGAGACUAUUCGUGGCGGAGGCACAACUCCAGUCUCUACAAAUGCACACAACCAUGCGGGCACCAACAACUUUCGACGGCAGAACACAGUUGAUUCUGCAACAAUCAAGGAGAACACUGCUAGACUGGCACAGGGAGGGGUGCCCACCACCUCAGCCUCUCGUUCAGCAGCACUCAAGAACCAAAAUAUUACUGCUAUUGAUCCUACUGGGGCACCUGGCAAGCCUGGAGGAGCAGGCGCAGCGACAAGCCCUGGUGUAGGAAAAUCCCGUGUUCAGAAAAGUAACACUAUGACCACUAGAAUUAGUGGAUCAGGAAGGCGCUCAACUUACUCCUAUGAUGCCAAUAAGGCAUCGUCAACGGAAAAGACAAAUAUAACUAACGUUCCAGAUUCUGCUAGGGGCUCACAGGGAGAGAGUAACGUGUGUAAUGAAGCCAUUGUCCACACGAUUGAGGAUGGUGUGGCUGCGGUACCACUCCUCCCUGGGGCCCCUCCCUCCUGUGUGGUGGGGGCCCCGGUGGACAGCCUGUCCCAUGGCCACCCCUCGGCAGCCACUAACUCUCGACCUGCAAAAGGUCAUUUCAAGUCAGCGUCCAUUUCUGCGGGCACGGGUGCUGGUCCAGGUCGAGUGGAUCUCUCGCCCCUAGACCACCCCCUAGAUCCUUUACGGUCAAGCUCGUCGAACAAAACGCCUGUAUCACCUGUUUCAAGCAAUCGUAAUCCUUUCCCUCGAAACCACACCAGUCGAUCAACGUUCCACAGUGGACAAAACAGACGAAAUAACAACCCAUCCGUGAAUAAUGAUGAGCAGGUCAAACCUCGAUCAUUACGCUUUACAUGGAGCAUGAAAACUACAUCAUCACGUGACCCCAAUGACAUCAUGGCCGAGAUUCGCAAGGUUUUAGAUGCAAACAACUGUGAUUAUGAGCAGCGAGAAAAGUUCUUGCUUCUUUGUGUCCACGGGGACCCUAAUACAGACUCCUUAGUACAAUGGGAGAUUGAGGUUUGUAAACUGCCUAGACUUAGCUUGAAUGGUGUUCGGUUCAAGAGGAUAUCAGGAACUUCUAUUGGAUUUAAGAAUAUUGCCAGCAAGAUUGCAAAUGAAUUGAAACUGUGACUACAAGGAGAAUUUGAAUUAGGAGAUUCUCUUGUAGAAGUACCAGUAGGACAUAACACAGCUUGAUGUUAGUCCUAAAUACAGGUUAAAAAAAAAAAAAAUAGGGGUGCCUGACCCGUGAUGUGUCUGGGUCACACGAUUUUGUAAAAAAAAAAAAAGAUUCAGGGAGUCAAAACAUAUUCCGAAACGUGCCUAACAUCCAUCAAAGUUGCAUAUGUUUUAAAAUAUUGUUAUAGAAAGCAAAUAAGUUUGUAAAAACUGUUUUAAGAGAGACAAUGGCACCAAACAAGUUUUCGGAGGUGUUUUCAUUAUGCAUUUUCGUGUUCUGACCUGGACUUUAGUAUCAGGCCCCCUAUAAAGCUCACCUGAAACUUCUUAAUUAACAAGCUCACUCCCGGAAGCACUCAUUCUUGAGUUGCACGGGGCUCUCCUGAAGCACCUUCGGCUUGUUGGCUUCCUAUCCUCACUCUCCAAAGCAUACCAUGGACCCCUCUCGCUGCUCGAAAUCCAGUUGCCUUUCAGGAAUAUAUGAUGACCACAGUACUAUUGUUUAUAUUUAUAGACACAAGCUGUCUUAAACUCUCCUGACCAGUGAAAAACUUUGUAUCAGUGUAUCUGUUUCUCUGUCAUCAUCAGGAGCAGAUUUCUGGUACCAUUAUAUAGUGUGAUAACUGAAAGAAAAAGUCUGGUGUAGAAGAUAAUUUGAAUGAACUUGAACAAAGUGUCUUAGUACUUACCCCCUUCCACCAGCACUGGCCUGAGUAGUGCGGUUGUGUAGUUGACGUGUGGUGGGAAUGUAAAUGGAGCUUCACAAAAAUAAAAUAAACGUAGUGGACUUGUUAAAGCGUGAGGCAAACCCCACCAUAUCAUAUUUCCAUACAUGUGAGCCACACAUCAUGUGUAAUGAUAUCAUCCUUACGUGUUGCACUCACCAGCUAACCAGAAGAAUAGUUCCAAAGGAACAGUUAACCUUGUUUUCUUUUGUAAAUAUUUUGGCUAUAGGAAUGCAAAAUUACAGUUGCCCAGUUUUGUUAUAUAUUACCUAUAGGAUGAAUGAGGUGAUUUAAAUAUUGAUAUGUACAGUAUUGUAAAGAAUUGGUCACAUAGCUGACUGAGAACAUAACCCCCGAUCCUGGUUAAAAAAAAUAGCGUGCAACGUGUAGCAUGAGCAGAGCUUGACUCCCAGUUGCCCCAUGCCCUUGUGUAGAAACCAAAGACUGGGACUUCACUUCUGUUGUGCCUGGGUUAUAAAUAUUGAGGAGUAGUGCGUUGCAGUCUGCAAGUGUGAGCCAACUGUCAAAUAAUUUUUUUUUCUGCCAUAUGCCCCACCUAGCCUUGUUGUAUAUUUACCUGCCCAUUGUACAUGAUGUAGUCUUCUGAUUGGUAAUCCAUCAGUACCACUGAUUUUUUUUUUAUUCUAUAUACAUAUAUAUUUUUUCUCAUCAUGACUAUUCUGACUUGGCCAUCCUCCCUUGCUGUUAAGUCUCCCCUGCACCCACCCACCUCCACUUGACCUUACCUGUACUAUCCUCUCACAACCCAACCUCCUUUGUGUUCUACUACAUUUCUCUUAUGCUCCAUAGUGUCCACCUGUUAUGGGUGUUGAGGCUUUUGCUUCAUGCCCAUUUAAUGCUUUUAUUUUAAUUCUCAUCCAUUGUGUAGAUAUAUUCCCUUACAUUGUCAUUGUCAUUUUAUUUUAAAAGUACUGUAAUCAUUGUUCAUCUUGGUUAGACAUACUAGUGGUGGCAGUUAGGUAAUUUAUUUUUUUCUUUUAUUACUUCCUGGGUAUAUAAUCAAUCAUGUAAAUUUAUAGUUGCUAAUAUUUAAUAAAAAUAUGAGAUGAUAAUGUAUGGACCAUAUAGAGAGAGUCUUUCUAUACACAACCUUGGGUUUUAACUAUAUUUCAUAACUUUCAUUGCAAAACUUGGGAAAUAUUUUCCAUCCCCAACAUUUUUAUCACAGGUAAUCAUGAUCAUUAGAACCCUGAUAGGGGUAUUUGUAUUGCACAGACCAAAAUCAAAUAAUGAGGAGUUUUUGUAAUUUAAACUCUGGGAUUCUGUUGGUACACAAUGGUGAUUUAUUUUCAAAGGGUCCUAGUCCCACUCUAACCUAUAGUGGUGAAAAGACAACCUUAUCUUGUUUGAAUAAAAGUUUUAACAAGAUUUAUUUAAUAAUGCUGCUGCAUAUGUUCAUUCCUGUAACUACCUGUGUACAUACUCAACCAGUAGACCUUGAAAUACAGUGACAAUUCACAUUA